CCAAAAAUGUAAACAUUGCAAGUAACGCAAAAUAAAUCUGAAAUAUUUGCAAUAGAGAUCAUGUGUGGCUGGUUAUAGUGAUCGGUAGAAGUUUCUGUGUAGUUUUGUAACAACAUAAAAUCAUAUUGUGGGUUAAACGAGAAACUUUUCUGCCCGAAGUACAGUGAUGACAUUGUCCAUCAUUCAUGAGUAAUUUUUUUCGUUACUGUUCAAUAUACGAAUCGAGGUUUUCGACUAUGAACGUUAAAAAGCCAUCGAUUUCUGCCAUUGAAGUGCGAUCACUGCCUUCUAAAGCAGUGUUCAGUACGGAGGAGAUUGAUGUCUUACUAAGUAAUUCAUCUCAGCUGUCUAUGGUUGGCGUCGUCAACUUAAAACAAGGCAAUUCAAAAUCUGAUAAUUCAACAUCCAAUAGCGUCGAGACAGAAUUUGUGUCUAAAAUGUCUCAUGAACGUAGUGCUUUACUGUCGAAAUGGAAACCUAUUACUAAAAAGAAAUACAUUUUACCGAAAAAACUAUUAGAAAAGGUCACAUCUAUCAUACAAAUGGUAUAUACUACUAACGAAAGUAUAAGUUUUAAUCAGGUUGUGGACACACACUCAGAAACCGUUACACUGACUAACUCAACUGUUGCGAGAAAAUCUGGUAAGCAGAGUUUUAACAAAGAAAAAAUUGAACCGCAAAUUAAGACAAAACCAUUAAGUAAGAUAACUUUGAAAACGUCAGAUGAGCAAGCAAACACUAAAUUUAAAUCACAAUUAAGAAAAUCUGAAGUCAACACGCAGAAGUAUCAUGUAAAAGGUCAGAAGACUGACACGAAAUCCUUUAAAAAAGAAAAUACAAUGAAAAAUGAAAACAAAUUGAAGUCAUGUCAACACAGUUAUUCUGUGCAACAAAACAGUCAAUCAGUGACAGUCAAAAGUUUUGCUGCACCAUACAAAUCAUCUGCGCGAGGUAUGCACAAUAAAACAGACAAAGAUAAGGAAACACACGCUGUGGUAAAUGUAAAUUCAAGGGACCCGAAAAGGAAAGAUGUAAAUGGAGAGAGUAAAUCGGAACGCAAUUCUACAGGGGAUAAGAAAAAGAAAAAUGGUAAACCUACAAGCAAAAUUAACAAACAGGUCAAGGAAAGUCAGCUAAAUGAAGAAAGCACCAUUAAUAAGGUUUUUCAAAGGAAUAUGGAGCAUGAUAUAUACCAGAAAAAGGGGGACAAGAAAAGAAUGCAAGGAAACGGUAUCAAAUCAGCGGAACCAUCAGAAAGUCACAUUACCGAUGUUUUUGUAAAUGAUUUCUUGACAAUGAUAUCACCUGAUGUUUUACAAAGUGAGGAUUGUGGACCAUAUAAUUUAGAAGAUCUCUUCACAGGCAUUUUGGAUAACAAAUAUGAAGAAUGGAAGAAAAGGGACAAUAGACAAACAAAGAAGAAAGCAGCAAGAAACUACCACGACGACAGAAAAGAACGAAAAAAGCCUCCAAACUAUUUUGUGGCCAUUCAGAUAACUAACCCAGAGAUCAUCAGAGGAAUUGAAGAUGUUCAGACCUGCAUGUGUAAAUCUAAUGAGAGUCUGACGAAGGCUAUGAUUCCAAUUCCAACUCUUCAUCUUACACUGAGAGUUGCCUGUCUAGAAAAUGACGAAGAUAUAUCAAGAAUGACCAAAGCAUUAGACCAGUGUGUUGAAACAUUCAACAAAGACAGCAAAGAAAUGAUCACCUUAGAUGUAAAAGAUAUUGAAAGUUUUAGGAAUGAGGUAGUGUUUGCCAAUGUACAGAAAGAUGAGUGCCUAUCAAAAGUCAUCAAACUCUCUGAUAUCCUUGAGGAAUGCUGUCAAACCAACGAUGUACCUCCAUCUGACGGGAAAGGCUUCACACCACACAUCACGAUAGCAAAACUGACAAAAUUACCAUUUAAGUUGAAGAAAAAUUUAAAGAAAAUUGACCCAUCUACAUACAGAAGCUUCAAGAAUAAUCAGUUUGGUAAACAACUAGUUACAUGCUUGCAGUUAUGUUCCAUGCAUAAACCAAAAGAUAGGGCAGGAUAUUAUCAUGUCUCACAUCUUACUCAAAUGUUAAAGUACAGACAAUACAGUACCUAUUCCAGGGAUACCUAUACCAUUUCUGGUGCUGCUCACAUUCUGGUCACAACAGUCAUCUCAGAAACAAUUCUUCGUCUAAAUAGAUCUUGCAAUGGAACAUUAGAUAGAAAGACGACUCGACACAAUGAAUCAAAUGGACGAUAAACCUGCAAGGUGGAAUCAAUUCAAUAUAUGUCAUGCGAUUUAUUUAGAGAUGAAUCUUGUCUAUACAAAACCGCCAUUGUUAAAUUUAGUCACAAUAAAACAAAUUAUGAUAUAACAUUCAAAUACCAUAAAAUUGACGUAAAAUUAAGUAAAGACACACUACAGAAGGUGGUAUCAAGUCAGAAAGGAUUGGACACUUAAAUAACUAAAGAAAAAAAGGACAAGUUUAGUAAGAAUAAGGAAUAUUUGUUUUAUACCAAAAUAUGAAGAUAUGUCAGAUGAUUCUAGUUUAUAGAAUAUAAGCUAAAUUGUUGGAUCAGGUCAUAAAAGGUACUCAUAUAUUUUAUGUCAAUGAGAUAACUCAUUGUGAACGAAUUGCCUUUUAAUAAUGUUUGUCUUAUUAGUUGUUAAACGUUUCAAAGUAAUAUAUUAAUUUGACUAUAAAGAAAUAACAGUAAAAUAUGUGGGUGCACACUGAAUAACCUGCUACGCUAUGUGGUUUUGAAAAGACAGAAAAAACGUUACAGCUA